CUAAAAAUAAUAAAAAUAAAAAUAGAAACAAAAACAUGAGAUUCUUCGGACAUGAAACCAGAUGAUGGAACAAGCAAAGAGAUAAGCAAUCACCAUUUACACUGAAAGAAGGACGUCCUCACUGUCAUUUUUCUCGGAGUUGAAAAUGGGAAAGGAGUAUAAUGGAUCACCAAAGCCUCACCAGCUGGAAUCGAAGAGGAAGCGUCUCACUUGGAUCUUGGGUGUUGGCGGCCUCUGCGUUUUGUUCUAUAUUUUGGGGGCAUGGCAGAGUACAACUGCUCCGUCUGCCCGAUCUGAAGUCUACAACAGAGUUGAGUGUGGUGACGGAAAUGGGCAAGCUGCAUCUGCAUCUGAUUCCCCACUGGAUUUUGAAAGGCAUCAUGAAUUGGUGGUGAAUAGCUCUGGGGGGACCAUCGAGCAAUUCCCACCGUGUGAUAUGUCCUUCAGUGAAUACACUCCGUGCCAAGAUCCACAAAGGGGGCGGAAAUUCGAUCGCAGCAUGUUGAAAUACAGAGAGAGACAUUGCCCUACAAAGGAAGAGCUCCUCCGGUGCCUAAUACCUCCUCCGCCAAACUACAAGGCACCUUUCAAAUGGCCUCAGAGCAGAGAUUAUGCGUGGUAUGACAACAUUCCUCAUAAAGAACUCAGCAUUGAGAAGGCUAUUCAGAACUGGAUCCAAGUGGAGGGGGAUCGCUUCCGAUUCCCAGGCGGAGGCACCAUGUUCCCUCGUGGAGCUGAUGCUUACAUUGAUGAUAUUGCUCAGCUAAUUCCUCUUAACAGUGGGAAAAUCAGGACUGCCAUUGACACUGGUUGUGGAGUUGCUAGUUGGGGAGCAUACCUGUUGAAGAGGAACAUCAUAGCCAUGUCAUUUGCACCAAGGGAUACACACGAAGCACAGGUUUGGUUUGCAUUAGAGCGAGGAGUUCCUGCUAUGAUUGGGAUCAUGGCUUCCCAGAGACUUCCUUAUCCUGCAAGGGCUUUUGACAUGGCUCACUGUUCCCGUUGCUUGAUCCCUUGGAAUAAAAAUGAUGGAAUGUAUCUAAUAGAAGUGGACAGAGUUCUAAGGCCUGGUGGUUAUUGGAUACUAUCUGGGCCUCCAAUCCGGUGGAAGAAAUACUGGAAAGGAUGGGAAAGAACAGAAGAAGAUUUGAAACAAGAGCAGGAUUCUAUUGAGGAUGUAGCCAAACGCCUCUGCUGGAAGAAAGUCAUUGAAAAGGGUGACCUCGCUAUUUGGCAAAAACCCAAUAAUCACAUUCAGUGCAUACAGAACAGGAAGAUUUAUCAUACUCCACACAUAUGCAAAUCAGACAAUGCUGAUGCAGCUUGGUACAAAGACAUGGAGAAGUGCAUCACCCCAAUGCCGGAGGUAAGAGGGUUACAUGAUAUUGCGGGGGGUGCAUUAGAGAAAUGGCCGCAGCGUGCAUUUGCCAUUCCUCCGAGGAUAAGUACUAGUGGAAGUGGGAUUACUGUAGAGAAAUUCCAUGAGGAUAAUGAGGUGUGGAAAGAGAGGGUGGCACACUACAAGCGUAUCAUUGGCGCCUUACCUCAAGGACGAUACAGGAAUGUGAUGGACAUGAAUGCAUACCUAGGAGGAUUUGCAGCAGCCCUAACCAAAUAUCCUGUGUGGGUAAUGAAUGUUGUCCCUGCCGAUUCAAGUUCAGAUCACGACACUCUUGGACUCAUCUAUGAACGGGGUUUCAUUGGGACCUAUCAUGAUUGGUGCGAGGCAUUUUCAACCUAUCCACGAACAUAUGAUCUUAUCCAUGCAGCUGGUGUCUUCAGUAUUUACCAGGAUAGGUGCGACAUUACAAAUAUUCUGCUAGAGAUGGAUAGAAUCCUGCGACCAGAAGGGACAGUAAUAUUUAGAGAUGUGGUAGAGGUUCUUGUGAAGAUUAAAAGUAUAACAGAUGGAAUGAGAUGGAAGAGCCAGAUUAUGGACCAUGAAAGCGGACCAUUUAACCCUGAGAAAAUUCUUCUUGCUGUCAAAACUUAUUGGACUGGUGAGGCUAAACAAGACCAAAACUAGUUCAAAGUUUUGCUCUGGGAAUCUUCCUUUCCAUCCCAGCUAUCUACUGGUUCCUCUUCAGAAUUCUUCUUUGUGCUUGGAUUUUUCCAUCAAAACAUACUUCUAUUUUUAUUUUUUGGGACUAGAACAAAACGGUUUUGCUAAACUAUGUGUUUUUAGUGUUUAGGGCGAC